CGUGAGGGAGAGGCCGCCAUGCUGCGGGAGCUGCGGCGGCGCUGGCGCUCCUACAAGUACCGCUUCGUGCCCUGGCUCGCCCUCAACCUCCGCCGCCAGCGCAGGACCCUUCGAUAUGUUCCUGAAAGCUCUCAAGACAAAAUUAUUGCUGAUGAAGAUGUCUUUGAAACACUACUGAAAACAUUUAAAGCUCUGUUCAUUAAUGACUUAAGUAGACAAGCAGAUAUUCUGGCCUUACUUCCAGAAGUCAAGUGUCAAUAUCUAGAAUUACUUUCUGUGGAGCAGAAGCGAUCAGAAGUUAACUCUUGUAACCAUCAGGGUCAGCAUGUGUUUAGUCCUGAGGAGGUUUUGUUCAACACGCUUGGGUUCACUGUUAGCAGAGACCGGAGUUCGCUGGUGUCUGCUGGAACUGGAGUCUUUGUUACCAGAGGUUUUGUUCCCAGGGGGACAGUUGUGUCUAUGUAUCCUGGUACAGUAUACAGAAAGCAUGAGCCCAUCUUUUUCCAGUCCCUUGGCAAUCCCUUUAUUUUUAGGUGCAUUGAUGGUGUUCUUAUUGAUGGGAACGAUAAAGGACUGUCAAGAUCAGUGUACAGGUCUUGCAGCAGAAGAGAUCAACUUGGCCCUUUUCAAAUGAGUGAUGAGAGCUGGCUCACAGCCACCCUGCAAAACCCACUGGCAGUGGGACAGUACGUCAACAACUGCUCACAUGAAAAAGCAGCAAACGUGUGCUAUCAAGAGUUUGACGUGCCAGGACAUUUUCCAGUAGAACUGAAACAGUAUCUUCCAAACAUCGUCUACAGCCAUGACAUAGAGAGAUGGCAGCAGGUCUCUGGUGCAGCUAGGAGCCGUCUUCCUGGGUGGUGGUGGGCCCUAGGAGAGACGCUUUAGCCAGCUGGCACCUGUGGACAGGUGUGUCCACAGGAAUGGCUUCUGCUGCAUGAACUUUGCUGUAGCUUCUGUUCCUGUUUGUGUAAGUGCGUCUCUUGCAGACUUGACUAAUUCUUUUCAUCUCUGAAUGAUUGUGUGGAGCAAUUGAGUGGAAACACUUUUUGCAUACCCACAUAGGCUGCUGGUUUUUAAAUUAUAUUUGUUUUGCUUAUAUUGCUGUCUGUAUUCCAGUGUCAUUUUCCCAUGUUCCCUGCCCUGCAUUAUGCAUAUUACUCAAAACUAAUCUGGAUGAGGCCACUUGUUUACCUUCUUGAAAUGGGGAAUUGAAAACAAUUUAAAGGAAGAUAUAACUGUUCAUUUUCACGUGUUUUGCUUCUUCUUUUACAGCCACUUGAGAUGUGUAGUUCUUGUCACCCUCAGAGACAUCAAGCAAGGAGAAGAACUUUUUUCAAAUUACUACACUGUUGUC